AUGAUGGAGGUGGCAGGUCCGUGGACAGAAGUGUUCGAGCGCUCGGAGGAGUCAGAGGGGGGGGGCCCGCUGCUGCAGAGCUCCACCCUGACUCUGGCCCCGCUGCUCGACGACCCCCCCGCCGUCCGCCGCUCGCAGCCCAUCCUCAUCAGCUCCACCAGGCGGAAAGGCGUCAACUCGUUCUCUUCCUCCGUCCCGGCCAUACCCAACCCCUUCCCCGAGCUGUGCAGCCCGUCCCAGUCGCCGGUGCUCGUCGGUUCACUUCCCCCGGGGUCCGGAGACAAACACCUGAUCAAGGUUUAUGGCGAGGACAACCACAGCCGGUCGGUGUGGGUGUCCCCCGGCGCCACGGCCCGGGAGGUGUGUCACAUGUUGGUCCAGACGGCGCACUGCAGCGACCAGGAGAACUGGGCCCUGCUGGAGCUGCACCCCCCCCUCGGCCUCGAGAGGUGCCUGGAGGAUCACGAGGUCGUGCUGGAGGUUCAGGCCACCUGGUCUCUGAAGGGCGACACCAGACUCGUUUUCUGCAAGAACUACGCCAAGUACGAGUUUCUUCAGGAAACCAGUGGUUGCGUGCUGGUGCAGACACGCACUCUUACUUAA